AUGACAGCCUUCAUUAUAAUAGUUGGAGUAUUGUUAUUAGUUAACAUCGUAUUUAUUCUAGUUUCUCUGUUUCUCACCGUGUUCAACAAGGAGAGUAAGGAAAACAAGAGUCCAAGAAUUUCGCAGUUAUCGGUGGCGCAAAUAGUUCUGUCGCGACAGCACAUGUCGUCUCGCGGAAGCUUGCCUCAAGUGACAAUUUUCAAUACAUUCGUCCGCGUCAGCACUGGAAGCACACCGAGUGGCAUCACUCAGAGUUUCAGACAAAAACAUUCUAACGCAGAAGAUGUCGGCAAACAAAUUACUUCAUAA